AACUCCCAGAGUUGAGUUCCUCGACACAAAACAAGAAUUGAGUUGAGUUUCUCGACGUUUUAGUCACGCAAUGAGCACGUUCUGACCUCGCUCUCAGUAUGGAGGCGCAGUGCGGGCGCGUGUCGCGCGGGGACCAGACGCUCGACAUACUGAAGGAGGUGCAGAGAGCCUAUGAGCAGCGGAUGGACAGGAUCGAGCAGCAGGGGGGAAGGAAUAAGCUUGAGCUGCAAGUGGAGGUGUUGCGCGCGUGGGUCAGCGACCUGGUGAGCCAGAACUCGCUGCUGGUGCGCGUGGUGGAGGACCUGGAGCUGGAGGCCACCAGCAGGCUCGCGCUCGAGCGGCGGAAACACACUGAAGAGCCGGGCGGCAUCGGCAAGAAAAGACCGUUCGAGAAGUCGAGCGAGCUGAAGAUAUUGUACGAUUCACUGCAGAAGGAAAACUCUGCCAAGGACAGAGAGAUACGGAGGCUGAAUAAAGACAUGCAACAGUACGAGCAGACGAUCAUGAACCUUAGAAAUGAAAUGAACCAGUGCCACUGCAGAGAUGCUUCACCUAUUGUGAAAAAAGACGCAGAGAUUAUGACUACGGAUUGUUCUUUACAAAGGGAGUGCGACAAGGAUGAAGAGGCGGUGAAGCAACCUGUCUCUGUCGACGACGAUGUAGCCGACUACUACGAGACUUUGCAGCGAAUGGAAGAUAAUUUGAAGUCGAGCAGCUCGAGCAUCCGCACGCUCCGGCAGGUCAACGUGGCGCUCAGUGAAGAGGCCCACGCCUUGCGCCGCGUGUGCGCCGCCCUCGACCAGCAGUGCCGCGCCGCCGUCACCAGGGCGCAGUUCAAGGAUGAUCUUAUUAGAGAGAUGAGGCGGCAGUUGAAGCAGGCUAAGGCUAAGCAUAGUAUAGCAGUUAAUGCAAGUAUUCUGGACCAGCAGUGCCGGGCCGCGGUCACCCGCGCUCAGUUCAGAGAUGAUAUCAUCAGGGAGAUGAGACGGCAGCUGAAACAUGCUAAGGCUAAGUUGAAGGAAGAAUCUCUCCCACGCAACUUCUCUAAGGACCUGGUAGAGAGCGGGGACCACGAGUUCGUGCGACAGUCGGGUCACGGCGGCGACACCGCGCGCGGCCGCCGGGCGACGCCGCGACGCGGGGUCCACGCAGCAAUGGAUACGCCGCAGCAACAUGAGUCGGGCUCGGAGGGACGCGGCCACAGGCUGGCCGCCGGGGAUGACGGGAUGUCGUUUCAAUCUAAUUAG